AAAGGACAACAUCCGUAACGAUAUUUUCGCUUCGUGUCCGAUCCCGAUAAAUCAUUUAAGAAGAAAAAGAAAAGAAAGAGCAGACUAGGGUUUCUCCAUUUGAAUUUUAGAACUCAAAUUAACGCAACAACUCGGGUCUCUCUCUCUCUCUCCCUCUCUCUCGGCUUCAAUUUAGGGAAUUUUGGCGCUGUGGUAUUGGAUUCUUUUUUCAGUUGUGAUUUGCUACCAAUUAUGAGAACUUCAUGGGCAGAUUCUGUGGCAUCUGAGAAUGCAGCAUCUGGUUUGUCUGGUCCGCGUCCUACUCGUGCCACUUACAUUCCGCCACACCUUCGUAACCGGCCACCAUCUUCUGAUUUCCUGGCGCCACCACCUGCUGCUCCGUCAUUAGGGAAUGAUCGUGUAGGUUAUGGUGGGCCUGCGGGUGGUUCUCGAUGGGGUGGCGGUGGUGGCAGUGCUUCGAAACCGGAUUCUGGGCGCUUAGGUUAUGGUUCUGGUGGUAGAGGAGGUGGUGGUGGUUGGAAUAAUAGAAUGGAACGUGGGAGGGAGCGUGAGGUGAAUCCAUUUGAUGAUGAUGGUGAUGCAGAGCCGGCUUUUGGCGUGCAAGAGAAUACAGGAAUUAACUUUGAUGCGUAUGAGGAUAUUCCUGUGGAGACGAGUGGGCAAAAUGUGCCACCACCUGUGAAUACCUUUGCAGAGAUAGACCUGGGUGACGCAGUGAAUCAGAAUAUUCGGAGAUGCAAGUAUGUGAAGCCAACUCCAGUGCAGCGCAAUGCAAUCCCAAUAUUGCUUGCUGGGAGGGACCUGAUGGCUUGUGCUCAGACAGGGUCAGGCAAGACAGCUGCCUUUUGCUUUCCAAUAAUUGCUGGAAUUAUGCGGGAGCAGUAUGUGCAGAGACCACAUGGAGGGAGGACAGUGUACCCACUGGCUCUCAUUCUUUCUCCUACAAGGGAGCUUUCGUGUCAGAUACACGAUGAAGCCAAAAAAUUCGCCUAUCAAACUGGUGUCAAGGUGGUGGUAGUUUAUGGAGGUGCUCCAGUCAACCAACAGUUGCGAGAACUUGAGAGAGGGGUUGAUGUUCUAGUGGCAACUCCUGGACGGUUAGUGGAUUUGGUUGAGAGGGCUAGAGUGUCAUUGCAGAUGAUCAGAUAUUUAGCACUUGAUGAGGCAGACAGGAUGCUGGAUAUGGGAUUUGAACCUCAGAUUAGAAAGAUAGUGGAACAAAUGGACAUGCCCCCAUGUGGCAGGAGACAGACAAUGCUGUUCAGUGCCACCUUUCCUAAAGAAAUACAGAGACUUGCAUCUGAUUUUCUUUCAAAUUACAUAUUUUUGGCUGUCGGAAGGGUCGGUUCGAGUACUGAUUUAAUUGUUCAAAGAGUUGAAUAUGUUCAUGAGACUGACAAGAGAAGUCAUCUCAUGGACCUUCUUCAUGCUCAGAGAGAAACUGAAGUUAAUGGCAAGCAUUCUCUGACGUUAGUUUUUGUGGAGACAAAGAAGGGAGCCGACUCAUUGGAACAUUGGUUGUAUGUCAAUAAAUUUCCUGCUACAUCAAUUCAUGGAGAUAGAUCACAACAGGAAAGAGAAAUGGCACUUAGAUCAUUCAAGAGUGGGAAGACGCCAAUUCUAGUUGCGACAGAUGUGGCAGCAAGGGGUCUUGAUAUACCCCAUGUGGCUCAUGUGGUGAAUUUUGAUCUUCCAAAUGACAUUGAUGAUUAUGUUCAUCGGAUAGGGCGAACAGGGCGAGCUGGAAAAACAGGUCUGGCUACAGCAUUUUUUAAUGAGAAUAAUUUGUCAUUAGCAAGACCUCUAGCUGAUCUUAUGCAAGAAGCAAAUCAAGAAGUGCCUGCCUGGCUCACCCGUUAUGCUUCACGGGUUUCAUUUAGUGGUGGCAAGAAUCGGCGCUCUGUGGGAGCCCGUUUUGGUGGCCGUGAUAUGAGAAGGGAUGGCUCUUUUAACAGGGGUACAGAUUAUUAUGGAGGAAACAGUAGUAGCGGUGGAUAUGGGGUUUCUGCUGGUUAUGGUGGGGGUUACAAUCCAGCUGUAGCCAGUGCUUGGGAUUAGUAUCGUACCAAAUCCCGGAAUCCGAUCUCUUGUUUUCGUAUGCGUAUAUAAAUUUCUUGUCUUCACAAUUCAAAGGAUUAAAUUAAUUUUUUUAUCCUCCAGUA